AUGGCCGGCGGUGUCCCAAUGCAAACUGGCCAGUUGGCCGGCGGCUACCUGAGUGGUAGAGCGUUGAUUUUCCCGCUGUCUUUGGUCAUAUCGUUGUUUUUCCUUUGGGGAUUCUCGUACGGUCUACUAGAUGUUUUGAACAAGCACUUCCAGACAGUCUUAGGUGUAUCUCGACUAGAGUCAACCGGUCUUCAGGUCGUCUACUUUGGUGGCGGAUACUUGCUGUUCAGUCCCAUUGCCGCCGAGGCCUUGAAGCGACGGGGUUAUAAGUUCACCAUUCUGAUGGGCCUUUGCCUAUACUCUAUCGGUGCGAUCAUGUUCUGGCCAACCGCUCAUUUCUCGACCCCUGAGAACAAACGGGCUUCAUUCGGUGGAUUUUGCGCAUGCACUCUGGUCAUCGCUUGUGGUCUUGCGACUCUUGAGACAGCAGCGAAUUCGUACGCUGUCGUCAUCGGAAACCCAGCGACUGCAUCAGCUCGUCUGCAGUUCUGUCAGAGUUGGAACGGUGUUGCCUCUUUCAUCGGUCCAUUGAUCGCUGCCAAGUUUUUCUUCGAAGGGGAGCAUGCCAACAGUUUGACCAGCGUUCAGUUUGUCUACCUUGCUGUAUCUUGCGCUGGAGCCGCUGUGGCCGUGCUAUUCUUCUUUGCCAAACUACCUGAGGUGUCCGAGGAGAUGCAUAGUGGACAAAGCACUGCUGAUAACCCAGCUCUAGACCAAUUCGGUAACGAGGUUGGAGCCGGCCCUCUGUACAAGCAGUAUAACAUGAUUUUCGCGUUUGUUGCGCAGUUCUCCUACGUAGGGGCACAGGUCAGCAUUGCUUCAUUCUUUAUCAACUACGCAACUGAAAACGGUGGUUUCACAUCUAGCCAAGGAUCCAACAUGCUUUCUUACGCUUUGAUUUGCUUUACUGUUGGACGAUUCUUUGCAACUGGACUAGCAACCGUUUUACAACCAGAUUUUAUCAUGAUGAUCUACGCCGUCAUCGCUAUUGGCUUUAAUGCUUACAUCUGCGUCGGAACCGGUACCCCAGCCGUAGCGAUUCUUAUUGCCAUUUUCUUUUUCGAGGCCCCCAUGUAUCCUACAUUAUUUGCCAUGGGUACAGCAAACCUCGGAAAACAUACUCGCCGCGGUGCAGGUAUCUUGGUCAUGGGUGUAUCCGGCGGAGCUGUACUCACCCCAAUUCAAGGUGCCAUUGCGGAUGCCGCCGGAACUCGUAUCUCGUACGUUGUACCUCUGGUUGGCUUCGUCUACGUACUUGGAUAUGUUGUUACACACUGGCUGCGCCAUGGACGACACAUCAUGAGAGUAAAGGAAGUCGUUGCCACGACCGAUGCUACGCUUGGAACAUCAGAGGACGACGCCGAGAAGAAGCACAAUGAAGCUAUCAUCGUAGAGAGAGCUUGAAUGGGUGGGUAAUUUACGUGUUAUAGAUGAUAGAUGAUAGAUGACAAUCUCAAUGGAAGGUUAAAUGGAUAGAGGAAUGAACCAAU